UGUUUUACACCAUAUCUCAAAACUGUUGGUAACUAAUAUGGCGGAAUAGAUAGAUGUUGAUCCCUCAAGAUCCGGAUUUCUUGGAUUCAAAUAUUUCUACAUAAUAGAGUUUUUAAGAAGAAACAAGUUAGCUGUUAUUCAUUUAUAUCAUUAUUAGUACGCGUUGUAAUUAUCAUUGAGAUUUCGUGUUGUGUUGUACUUAAUUGUACUAAGUAUUAUUAAUAAUAAGUGCGUAUAUUACUUAUUAGAGCAGUCUACUUGGCAAACAACUGUAACUUCGAUUUUUAACUUGAAUGUAUUAUAAGUGUCAUUUACAAAAUCAAGAAAUAUAUAAUAUAGAUUUUUAAAUUAUUUUGAUUUUAAAUAAAGAUAAUACGACUUACGUAAUGAGAGUGUUAAUAUCAAUAAUAUAUAUUCCAUCGAAGGGUUAAGAGAAACAUGUGUGAUUUACCAAAAAAAAUGAAAGAUUCAAGUGUUAAGAACAAUGUGCAAAAUGAAUCAAUGGAUCAGUUUUGUCCAAAACAAAGUGCUGAUAAAAAAGAACCUGUAUUAAAAAGUACAAAUGAAGAUGUUCAACGUGCAAUUGAAGGUUUAAAGGAUAUACCAGAUGAGGAACUUCAAGAAUUUCUUGACGAUGAAGAUUUUAUGGAAGGUUUAGAUGUUGUUGAUGCUUGGGAAGGUGAUGAAGAAAAAGGUCGUGAUGUUGAAUUUAAGACUAGCCAUAUCAAAGAUCAAGAACAAAAACGUCCUUCUAGGGAAAGAUAUCGGCGUGAUUAUAAAGGAUCUUAUAAUCGUGAAAGACCAAAGAGAGAUGAAAAAAAACAUGAAGAAAUUCGUCGUGAUCCUUCUAAGAGCACAAAAGAUAUAGAGAGGGAUAAAAUACGUACAAAAAGAGAUAUUGAAAGCAAACUCUUAGCUGAAAAGGAAAAAGCUAUUAAACAUUUGUUAGACUCUGACAAUGUUGUACCUCCAGGUACAGAAACAGAAGCCAUUCAAAGCAUUACAGAAAUGCAUAUUCGUAGAAGCCGAGAACGACGUAGAAGUUUAGAACGUCAAAGAGGAAGUUCAUUACGACGUAGAACUCCAGAUAGAAUUAGGAUAAAUUCUCCUCGGCGAAAAUCUCCAUUAUUAUUAAGUCCAGAACGUUGUAGAAGUACUCUCAAAAUGAGUAAUGAAAGACAUCGAAGUCCAUUGAGAUUUAGUCCUGAUAAAAGAAGAAGUCCAAGAUUUAAUUGUACUCGUAGAAGUCCUUUUGGAUUUAGUCCAGAACGCCGAAGAAGUCCACUUAGACGUCUUAGUUGGGAACGAAAAACAAGUACAGAUAGAAGAUGGAGUGCCGAACGACACAGGAGACGUAUAAAUAUACAUGAACGCCGAAGAAGUCGAUCUCGUGAUCGACAACGAAGUCGCAGUAUGGAACGUCUUAGAAGAAAGAUCAGUCGCUCACCAAUUAGUAGACGAUAUAGUCCACGUCGUCGAAGUCGAACUCGAAGUAGGUCGUUAGAACGUCGAAGAAAGCGAUCCCCCUUUAUUAACGAACUUACAAGACAAUUAAGAAAUGAAGCUAUAAUGACAUCACAUAUGAAUACUGGAUAUGCACAUUCUUCACCUAUGGAUGGCAUAUCACCUUUAAUAAAUAAUGUAUAUCAACAAGAAACAGAGCCUAGAUCAUCAAUGUCAAUGCCAUCUUAUAUACAUCAAACUGUAUUGGCACCAUCAAUAUCAUCAAAUAUAACAACUAGUGGUCCAGCAUUUAUAAAUUAUGAAAAUUCAUCUCAACCAAUGAAUUUUGAUUCAGUUUCGUUACAUCCAUUACCUCAAACUGAAUAUGUUUCUGGUCCAGUAAUGUAUAAUCAACCAAAUACUAGUUCAAUUCAACCAACACAUCGACCAGCACUUCUUCCAGCACCAAUUUCUUCACCACAACAUGAAUCAACUGCGUCUACAGUAGAACAUGUACAAACAUAUAAUUCAUCUCAUGGCAUUCCUUCUACUCGUCAAUCUCCAAUUCAAACUUUCGAAUUUUCAAAUAAAUCUAAGGAUGCAAUCUCUCAAAACUACAGGGAACGCAGAUUUACAGAUUCUUAUAAUGGAUAUCAUGCUUCACAAGAAGAACGAUUAAAGACACCUGAACCACCAGUCAUCUCAGAUACAAAACAAUUUGAAAAAACGAGUUUAUCCAGUCUAUUGGAAGCGUCUGUUUCCGCAAAAGAUUCAACUAGCUUACCUGUCUUAUAUCCAGGAUUCAAUCCAGAAAUAUUAAAACAUUGUGAACAUGCUCUACGCGAACUUCCUGUGGAAGAUCUUCGUUUAAAAAUGAAAGGACGAUUUUUUUAUGAUCCAAAGAAGGAAAAUAUACGAAGUGAUCAAAACAUAUAUUCAUCAAACUCCAUACUUUUGCAAAAAAAUAAAAAUAAAAUAUAUUGGGAAGAAGAAGAAGGUCAACAUCUAACUUCUAUAAAGCAAAAUGUACAAAUGCAUCAAAAAAUUUGUCAAACUGAUGAAAUAGAGACAAAUACGAAAUUUGUUCAAGCGAGUGUUACUAUGGUAGAUUUUGAAGUACAAGUAUAUCCUCAAGAUUUACAAUAUGCUAUUAAAGAAGAAAAAAGACCUAUUAUGGAUCGUCUAGAUUGGAAUGUGCGUGAAAUGUUUGAUUAUACACCUAAAUUUCGUGAGGCCGAUGACUUGAGAUGGAGUUUAAGUAAUUCUUCUCAAAAAAGGACUUGGAAUAGAACAGUAUCUCCUUCUAGAAGGAUUGAUGAUCGUGAACAUCGUAUAGAUUCUGUAUCUUCUUUAGAUCAUGGUUCAAGAAAUAUGAAAUUAGGAUCUCCAAUAAGAAACCGAGAUAAUUUCUCCAGUCAUAAAGAAUCUUUACAAGAUCAUUAUGGUCGUGAAAGAUAUUCUCCUAAUUAUAGACAUUCUUUAGAAGAACGUGAUGAAUUUCAUGAAAAUAGAAGUGAUCAUAGUCGUGGUGAAAGUCCAAUGAUAUUAGAAGAUUCUGCAGAGGAAUUAGAAUUGGAACACACAUUCCAAAGAGGAAGUGAUUGGCAUGGAAGAGGAAAAUUAUCAAGAGGUAGAUCAAGUCCCUUAAUGAAACAUGUGUACAGAAGAAAACAUUCAGGAGGAAGAUCUUAUCGAGGACGUGGAAAUUUUCGUGGAAAAUUCUAAAAUUGAUUGUGUAAAGCACAAAUCUCAAAUGUAGAAUUAUGUAAUCAAAUAUAUCAAUAUUUCAAAAAAAUUGUAA